AUGCAAAAAACCUUCGCGGUUUUAUCGGCUCUUUUGCCGUUUGGUCUCGCGGCUUCGUCUAAACUCAACUACUGUUCUUUGUUGGGCCCUGUCUUCCCACCUCCCAUCCACCUCUCUGACAGUCCGUACUUUACUGCUGCAACCAAGGAUCUCUCGGGUAUACUUCAGGAUGCCAUCUAUGGCAACUCGAGCCUGAGCCCUAUAUUCAAGCCCAACCAAACCUCCUUCACAGUGCAAAUCUUUUCUUCCAAAGACGAGUCACCUCUUUUUGAAUCCUACUAUACUAGUCAGGCAGUCCAGGCGUACAAAGCCGGUGUCAAAAACAUAGACGAGAACACUGUAUUCCGAAUUGGCAGCGCCUCGAAGUUGGUCACCGUUCUGCUGCUUCUGAUCGAGAAGGGAGAGUCCGUGUUCAAUGAGCCCAUAGCCAAAUAUGUUCCUGAGAUACGGGAGGCCAUUGCUGCUAUGCGUUCUAAUACUACACAACAGCAAGACGCAAUUGACUUUCUAAGAUGGGAGCAGGUGACUAUUGGCGAACUUGCAAGCCAGAUGUCGGGUGUUCUUCGCGACUAUGGCUUUCUGGACCUUGCGCUUUCAAUUCCCAACCCAGCAAGUUCGGGCCUUCCAAUUCUCCCCAAGUCAGAAAUUCCUCCAUGUGGUGCCACUAUCGCGUGCAACAGAACCGAGUUCUUCCACGGUUUGAUGGCUGGGCAUCCUGUCGUGCCGGCUGGUUCCACGCCUAUUUAUUCGAACGCUGCAUACCAGAUUCUUGCCUAUGCAUUGGAAACCAUGACCGGCCAAAGCUAUCAGUCUAUACUUUCCAAAGAUCUCUUACACCCACUUGGUCUUGAGGGCUUCAGCUAUAGUGCACCAAAUGCAUCGGAGGGCAUUAUUCCGGAUCCAAUAUAUUGGGCACUUAGUGCCGGCGACGAAACACCAGCUGGUGGUCUCUACUCCUCUGUCAAGGACAUGUCAAGCAUUGGGCGUGCUAUCCUCAACAACACAUUGCUCCCAGAAAAUAUCAAGAGACGGUGGAUGAAGCCUGAUACGCACACGAGCUCCUUGGAGUUUAGUGUGGGUGCACCGUGGGAGAUCUACUCAUACAUGGAGGACUCGAGAGUGAUUGAUCUGUACACCAAAGCCGGCGAUCUGGGAGGCUACUCAUCAAUACUUGCUCUUUCUCCUGAUCACAACGUCGGCUUCACUAUUCUAGCUGCCGGUGUAGGAACUACGGAGGCUGUCGCAGGUCUUUCAGACCUUGUGGCUAACACGCUCCUUCCAGCUUUGGAGGAUGUCGGAAAGACAGAAGCCAAAACCAAUUUUGGGGGUGUUUACGAGUCGAGCCAGACGAACAGUACUAUUUCAAUCAGCACCGACAACGGGCCCGGUCUGAAAGUGGACUCUUGGGUCCGGGGUGGUGACAAUAUGUUAACCGUGCUCUCAGCUAUCGAGGAGAGUUCAGUCAAUAGUGUCCGUCUCUACCCGACAGGCUUGAACGCCCCAGGCGAGAUGUCAUUCCGCGCGAUUAUUCAGGAUUUAUCAGCUUCGCAAGGCGUCGGUCCUAUAACCCGGUCGUGCAACAGCUGGGAGUUGGCAGAUGGCAAGGUCUAUGGAAACAUUGGUAUAGACGAGUUCGUCUUCACUGUGGAUUCUUGUGGCAAGGGAACGGGACUGUCGCCUCGCGCCUGGCGGGACUACCUCAUCCGCAUGCAUUGA